CACUGCAUUCUAUGGAUGUAGGGCGGCACCACUCCAGCACUGGCUACAGACUCAGUAUCAGGCUUGCAGCGCCACUUGAGUUCCGCUUCCCGGUACCAGCUGGGUGCGGUUCCGUUCUCAGGCUCGGCCCCUAAGCUACGUAUACAGGCAGUGCGGGGAGUUUUGAUGAACCUUUUCGUCCUCAUUUUCUAGUUCAGGAGGCCAGUGAUGGCGGUCUCCGUUGCUGCGGCACUCUUGAAGCCAGCGGUGACCACUUUAGCUUUUGAAUCGGCGCAGAAAUACCUGCAUGCAUAUGUGGAACGCAAAGGCAGAGGCGACGAUACUAGACACGACCAAUUGAGGCAAGGCCUCUCAAGCCUGUUGCAGCUUGCUGAACAAGAUGUUUUGCGGGACCUGAACUCUGGCCUGGCUGCUUUGGAGGACAGCAUUGAGAGUCAGAAUGAGGGAACACGGCAGAGCCGCCUGCAGUUUGCAGAGCAGCAGUUGUUGCGCUGUACGCAUCUGGACCCCAGCCUGUCCACUGGCGGCCAGCCAAACACGUACCUCAUGGCGGUGGCACACCAUAAGCUGGCCCUGGCUGGCACCCUGAGAGGAGACCGUGUGAUUGCUGCCAAGCACAUCCUGAAGUGCUUCAUAGCGGACCCCCGUGCUGCGCGGUUGGAGUUAGCUCCGGAUCUUUACCAGCAACUCUUCGAACCUCGAUGCACCGACAUCCUUGAGUGGCGCGACCAAGAGUACAACAAGAUUGCAGGAAAGUAUGCUUCCAAGUGGUUGAACUUCCAGUCCCACGUGUUGAAAGGGGCAUCGGGCGCGGUCUCUGCUUGGGGCAAGGGGGUCGACUGGCUGCUCACAAAGGCGCAAAGGGACCCCAGGAAGAAAGGUUCCAAGGCCAGCAGUCCCACUGCGCCAAUCGACUUCCUCGACAGCAGUUCGGGGGAUGACGCAGGCCCUUCGUCUGCGACGCGGCCCGAGCGAACGGGGGGUCUCAACGAACCGUCCUGGGGCGAUCGCGGACACCGAACGCACCAGCCGGCGAUGGUGACGCCUAUUCCGUACCCGAACGGCGGGGAAGGCUCUGCGAUGCAAAGCGGGACGGCUGGUCGAAAACCGGAGGUGGAGUAUGCGCGCGCAGUCACGUCGCGGUGGUCCUCGCAGAUGGAUGCCCAGGCCCGGGAGGCGGAGGAGCAGGCGGUGGCGUCGGGGCGGGUGGUGAAGCGCGUGAACGAGAAGAAGCGCGCCGUAGACAAGGCGGUGGAGCAGAAGCUGGACGAGCGCUGCCGGCAAGUGGCGGACGAGCUGCUGAGGGGGGGCAGCCCCGGGGAGAUCAACCUGAGGGGCGCAGGGCGAGGAGGGCAGGCCAUGCAGGCCACAAUAGCGGACGCAAGUGGAGGCCAGGCCCAGGUUACUUUCUUGUCGGACAGUGUGCAAGUUCACCAUCUGACUGCUCCUUCAUGAUUAUUGAACACGUUCGUAAGUUCGUCGAGGUCAAUACAGGAGGUAAAAAUCCAGGAAUCGAUUCCCAGUCUCGUGCCAGUACUGUAUACCGUAUAACUUAAAAGUCGAUUAUAGUGUCGUAGUUUACAGCUCAAAUUUCUUACAUUAUAUAUACUCUCUACGUACGUAGCAGAUCAAGCCAACCCGUGAAUCAGAAAAAUAGACAGUGCAGAGCCAGCCAAUUCGACCAGCGUCGUAAUGACAACUGGGCAGCUGUAGUUUGGAUUUGUCACGUGGAGGACUCAAAGCGGAAGAUUACCAAUCUUUGUUGGCUUGCAUGAUUCACUUCGAUUGCAAACCGUAUUCCUUUAAUUAUCUUGAUAGCCCAUGCUCGGUUACACGUUGAGACUUUUGAAGGAACUUUGCGUCGAGUGCA